UAACAUUGAUCGACUAGCAGCAACGCGGUGUGGGUUUAGUUUUUUCCUGCAUUUUCACUGUCAUUUGGUUUUCAAUUUUAUAUAGAACGUUAACUAACAUGGCUGGCAAACGAUUGGCCACCUCAAACCUGAACCACGAAAACUGGGAUCAGGAGGAGGAGCCCGAGGAGCGCGGCACAUUCCGCACAGCCACCGAGGAGGAAUUAAAGACACGCGUUAUCAAGAAGGCGCGUCGCAAGGUUGCCGGCGGAACCUCCGCUAGCAUUGCAGCAAGCGAGGAUGGCCCCAAUGAGCCGGCAACUGAGCCCAAGAGCGUCUUUAGUGGAUUUUCUGGUUUUGGUAAGCCGGUUGCAGGCGCGGCGGCCAGCUCGCCUUUCUCAUUUCUGGCAAACCUGCCGGCUUCAGCGGCCACCACAAGCAAGGCCUCAUCCUCAACAUCUGAGCCAGCAAAGCCCUUGUUCUUCCUUGCCAACUCCAGUGCGACUGAUAAGCCGCCCGCUACUGGCAUAUUUGGCAGCAGCACGGCCCCGUCCACGGCCAAGGAAUCAACAAGUACCACAGAUGCCGCUAAGCCCACCACCUCCAUUUUCGGCAACAUAUCAGGGGCCAAGAAAGAUAGCGGCGAGUCUAAGUCGCCGGUAGUUGCCAAUAGUGGCAAGGGAGCCAGUACCGGUUCUACAUUGGAGUCCUCCCAGUACCGGGAGAGCGUGGCCGACCUGAAUCGGGCCGUUAUGAAGUUCCUGCAGGAGCACAUGGACAAGAGUGCUUACUGCAUACUGACACCAGUGUUUAAAAAGUACGAGAAGCACCUGAAGCAGUUGCAGGACGAGGAAAGCGCUAAAACAAACGCCACAAAAGCAACUCCACCACCGCCCCUCUUUGGAGUGCCAGCUGCAGUUGUGUCCAGUAUAUCGUCUCCAACGAAGCCAACAGCAACCUUUUCAUUUGGAAAGCCCAGCACACCGAUUGGGGGCAGCACAUCGUCAUUCGCGAAGAAACCAAACUGCACUAUAACCAGUGGUGGAACGACCACCACAACCACAACACCGAUGUUCUCCUUCGGCAGUACGGCAGCGUCCAGUUCUUCGUCGUCGACUUCCACCAAAGCAGUAGCUCCUGCCACUAGUAUCUUUACCUUAGCCUCAAAACCUGUCGGAGAAGUUAAGGCUGAUGAUGCCCCCCCGCCGGGCUUCUUCAGCUUCGGAGCAAAGAAUACUACAACUAAAAAGGAGGAGUCUUUGGCACCGCCACCGAAAACAAAUGGCUUUUCUUUUUUAAUGAAGAGCAGCAGCGACGACAAACCCACCACCUUCACAUUUGGUGGUUUUGGCAAAGCACCGGAUAACGGAGGAGAUGGCUUAAAGGGUUUCUCGUUCGCCCCCAGCGCAACGCCCUUCUCAUUGGGAAAUAUUCAGCCGCCAGCAGCAGCUGCUGCCAGUGAGGAAGCAGAGGAUGAGGACGACAAACCGCCAAAGGUCGAGUUCAAACAGGUCGUGGAGGAAGACGCCGUAUACUCAAAACGGUGCAAGGUGUUCAUAAAAAAGGGCAAGGAUUUUGGAGACCGUGGCGUGGGCACGCUGUACUUGAAGCCGGUCAAGGACUCGGAAAAGACUCAGCUGCUGGUGCGGGCCGACACAAACCUGGGCAACGUCCUGGUCAACCUUAUUCUAAGCGAGGGAAUACCCUGCCAGCGCAUGGGCAAAAACAACGUGAUGAUGUUCUGCAUACCCACGCCGGAGGAUGCCAAGGCCACAUCGUUGUUGCUGCGCGUUAAGACCGGCGACGAGGCAGACGACUUGCUAAAGAAGAUUGAGGAACACAUCAAGUAGGGGAUAGACAGCUAUGAAUUCGUACAUCUUAAUGUUGCUUAAUCGUUUAUAUUUUAAAAACCAUAAAAAAUACGAAUCCCUGAAGGUAGAA